AUGGUUGGUUCAACAAAUGAUGAAGAGGUGCUUAAUGCUGCUCGGAUUCUAUUGGCGAUCAAUGCCAGUGAACCAUCGCCCGCUCCAGGAAGCAAGGGAGAGAAUGCUGCCAGUACGGCAGCUGCUAUGAUUCUAUUGGCAAUCAAUGCCAGUAGACCAGAAGAGGGUGCAUCACCCGCUCAAAGAAGCAGGAAAGAGACUGCUACCAGCACGGCAGGAGAAGCCGAGGCUAGUAGAUCCCGAUCGGAUUCGUCGGGAAGUGGUUCUCGGACCCCCCGGGCCUACGAAAGGCAGUAUAUCAAUGCCAAAAGGGGGGCAGACGGAAAAAGGGCACCUCCAAAGCGCCGACGAUAA